CGUUGAUAAUAAGCAAUAAAUGCCUACGUAGGUAUUGAUUGAGAAUGCGUAGGUUGGUGUGAAGCUACUUCUAGAUAUAGCGAAGGUUGCGGCUAAGUCUAAAGGCUUCGAAUAGGGGUAAAGAACAAGUGUCAGCUGUUUGCCAGCUGCCUGCCAUGCCCCUCCAUAUCUUAUCCAUACCCCACCAUCAAUCUCAUCGCCUACCCUAGGUAAGUAGCUAUAACAUGCAUCUUAAUCAUUACAUGAAUUGCUCACUCAACUGGCUUAUAUCUCAUAUUGCCAUCUUAUACAAAACGACAUCUUCAAUCUCACUACAAAGAUAUAAAAGCUUGCGAGAAAAGACCUCACUAGCGAUGGCCUCCAAUGAAGACAAGGCCACAACACCACCAGCAGGUCUGCUAGAAACAAUCCAGCUAGAACAUGUGCCCUCAACACACACAGUGCACAUUGCCGCCUUCAAGGAUGUCACCAAUGCCGAGUUCCUGCAACAACAGCUGCUGAGUCGGAACGCCGAGUUUGAAUAUGCUUUCAUCGACGCCAGUUCUGUAACCUCGCGCCUCCAGGUCCUCGCCGCCGUGUUCAAGGCGAUAACGGUGCAGCUAACCGGGAACAUGAAGACGCCCAACCUGCACUCCGAGAUCGUGUGCUCGCUGAGUCCAAAUAAAAACAUCUCAGAAGCCUACCGACGCUUCGGCAUAGCAGCCAGCAGCCAGCACCUCAUCGUCGUCAAAGUCCUCAUCCCCCCCUCCUCCCCAUCCCCAUCCCCAUCACCCCCUCUAACCCCAACUACCAUAUCAUCCCAUCUCCACGCCAACAUCCACGGCACACCCCUCAUCCCCUUCACCGACGCAGUCCUGCAAUCGGAGCUCACGGACUGGGCGAAGGUGCGCAAGUACUACAAGCUCAACGGGAGCAGCUGUCUGGACGCGUUCGGGGAUGAUGAGGUGGAAAGGAGGAGGAGGGAGACGGAGAUGUUGGUUUUGGGGGGUAUGGCUUUGAGGAGUUUGUAGGGUUUUGAGGGUCAGGUUGGGUGGAAAUGGAUAUGGAUAUGGAUAGACCCAAUAGACCCAAGUCAAGUGAUUGUGAGUGUGAAGGGGGAGUGAAUCUACAAGGACUGCAACACCAAUACACCUAAGCAACCACAAACUACACAUAUGUCACACCCACAUAGCCACCUGAAACAUCGGAAAGUUCUGCAUUUUUUUUUCAAUUAAAAGCAGUAUCGACCAAAAUACAUGAGCACCCCCUCCCCUCCCUCAAACUCAAAGCAACCAACCCGUUUCGAUCAA